CCGCUCACAUUGGUAACUCGUUGUUUUGGCUAAUUUAUUUGGUGUAUUUUUGUGUAUUUUUGCUUAUUUUCCUUCGAUUUUUCAUUUCCUAUUUCUCUAUUUUUUUUGUUUUUUAACGGUUAUUGUCAUUCUCAAGUUGAUAAAUUGAUUAUUAACAAUGUCAGAUUCAAACAAGUUUGCUGACAUUUCCAGAAGAAGCAUUGAUCCCAAUGGAAGAGAAGAUGUAGAAAAGCAAAUGGAAAUGAUUUACAACGGAAAUGACUACACUCCUUCAAUCUUGCCAUUGGUUAUGGCUGACGGCUGUGUUAUGCCUAUUCGGCAAGCUGCCGUUAUAAGUUUGAAAAAAAAUUUAAGAAAUUUGGUGAAAGAAGCCAGCAGCCUUUUUGCAAACAUCCAAAGUUUGAUACUGGAUGAAUGCUGUAUGGCUGGAAAUGAACCUUUAACUAGAGAUAUUGUUUUAAAAAAUAGCCGCUGCUAUCGAGCGGUUAUUGAAUCUAACAUGAACACAACCGACUGUAUGGAAACCAAGAAUAUGCUUCAUCAAAUCAAUAUUUUGUGGAACCUAGUCGAGAUCCUUUAUAUUGAUGUUUUACCUGCCGGUAACCUCGUUGAACAGCUGUUAAUUUGGAUCAGGUAUCAUUAUCCUAAUACAAACUUAGAAGCUGAUGCCAUGUUAAAAAACAACGAAGUGCACGAGCAUCCCAGCUAUUGGACUAUUAUACUCAAGUUUGUUGUCAGAGGAGAAAUAAAAAUGGCUUCAAAAUUACUUAAACUUCAUCCAGACUGUGAAACUAAUGAAAAUUUGAGUUUUAUCCAUAUCCUCAUGGAAAAGAUGCCACAAUUCACUCGAAACUGUAUGAAAUACGAGUUUUUUGCUAAAUGGCAAGCUUGGAAUAUGCAGGUUAAAACUCAUUUUAGAAAGAGUGUUUUUACAUCACCAGAAGAAAGAACUAUAUUAGGUUUGCUGUGUGGAGAUUUUGGAACUUUUUCAUCAAAUAAACAUCUUUUUGAGUCAUGGUAUCAUCUCAUGGUAGCUUUUCUGCACUUUGCCGAUCCAUUAGUGGCAGAAAUAGAUAUUCCAUCUCUAGCAUUCCAAAGUUUAACAACAUAUUUGGACAUCCGAUCAGAGGAACAAGCGAAACCAUAUGAUCGGGCAAUUCUCAAAGCAUUUGCUUACGAUCUGAUGGCUGUUGUGCAAGAAUCUUGCUCAGCGUUUAAAGAUGGUUGGUGGUUUUGUACACAUUUCAUUGAUCUUCUUUACCACGGAGGAAUUUUAGAAGGAAUAGAAGAGCCAAGAAAAUUAAGAGAGUUUUUUAUUCUUGACUAUGCUGAUGUAUUGAUGGGCGAUGAUAAACUUUGGUCAGAUGCAGUUAAUUAUUAUGCUUCAUGCUCUGAAUUCGGGUUGGAAUCACUAAGGCUGCAUUUAGAAAGUAAACCUUUAGAUACAGAAGAAACCAGAUCAAAAAUUAUUCAAAUUUGUGAAAAACAUAACCUUGAUGAUGUCAUUCGUGUCGUUUAUAUAGUUAUAGCAAGAAAAGCUCUCACCGAAAAUAAUUUAGGCCAAGCCUUACUCAUGGCUGCUCGAAGUAAAAGUCCAGUGCUUGCUUCUCACAUAGCUGACAUUUAUUUAAAACAUUUUGUCGAAAAAAAGAAGUUCCCCGAUCAAAAAGCUCUCGAUUCUCUUGGACCACUCAUGUUAACAUGUGAUAAACUAACUUUUCUUGCGAAAUAUAAUGAAUUUCUUGAAUGCAAGAAACGUGGAUCUCUUCUCGAAGCCGGUGUUCAAUUGGAAAAUUUAAUUUCAUCCAAAAUUGCUCCAAAUUUUUUCAUCUUCACUUUAUUAAUGGAUGCUGUUUCACUGCUAGAAGCUGAAAUGCUUAUUCUUAAUUUUGAGCAAACAUACCAAGUUCUGGUGGCCUUAGAAAAUUUCGCAAACAUGAUGAAUGAGCAAACAAAAGACGAAGAUGUUAAAAAUAAAGAAAACUACCUUCGUCUCGCUAUUGCCCGAAAUAUGGCUCGAGCUAUGAUCUUUGCCUAAUAAAGACUGUACAAACUCAUCUUAACAGAAAGCCUCAUUAUUUUCAUUUAAUAAAACAAUCAUCGCUGUUUCAUGUUA